AUUAAUUCAUAAAAUUAAUAAUAAUGAGAAAGUUACUUCUAUUUGUGCAGUGAUUCAUAAUUUCGUAACCAAUAUAAAACCAUUUAUUUGGAUGAUUCCAGAUCAUCCACAACAAUAACAACCCGACAGGCUGGUUGUGAUGAAAUAUAAUCGAAUAACCGAUGUUUAAAUGACUUAAUUGACAUUGUAAUCGCAUUUACAACUGAUACGCUGAUAAAUUCUGACCAAAAAGAUAUCAUUUUGUGCGAUCCCCCAGCCAGAAACUCAGAAUUUGCAUUCUAAUCGUGCUUUGUCUCCGAAAGCAAUCUUCAAUUUUGAGAUCAUAAUUGGGUUUUCCAAUCGAACCGGGUCACGAUCAACCGCCACUUCUUGGGAUCCUCAUUGUUCUCGGUUGUUUUUGACUUUUGGCAACCACAUUCCAAGUCAAAGAUAACACUCCUCUAAGUACACAACCGGUUCCAGCGUCAAUUUGUCGCCAAAAUACUACGAGUAAAUGCCUUCCUAAUUGUUUUGCCAUUAAACUGGGUCUGUGGGUGCAUUGUCUUCGCACUUGGCGGAUGCACGGCGAUGAUGAACUGACUCAGGCGCCAGCUAUGUCAGCCAUGUCAAUAAACCAAGUUAAUCCCAGCUUGAACGCUGGUCCGGUUUCAGAUUCGGAUGCGUAGCCCGUCGAUAUCGUUACUCAGCUCUAAUUCGGAUUGGCGCCAACGCAGCGUCGGAUUACGCCGCUCCGGAGAAACGUGUCUCGAUUGCACUGGCCAGCGUUCCAGACCAUUUAGCACCUGGGCAGCUCAUCCCGAUUUCCUUAACCCCCGCAUUGUCCAUCCGGUUGACCGUUUCGCCGUUUCGUUUCCCAGGGUUCAAGAACGUUCACACGGAAUGACGCUUUUAUUGGCCCAUUUGGCUUUCCAAAUGAAGCGCGAUUUGGCAAACCCGGCCAAGGUUUUAAUUUCCCGUUGCGAAGGAGCGAAGGUUGCGGCGAUGAGCUUAUGACAGUUGGAAGAAAGAUCAACAACUUUUAUAUCUUCGGUAUUUCCUCUUCUUUUCUUGCUCAGUUCUGGCAAGACUCGCAUUCUCCGACUGGCUCUACCCAAAUUUGGCUAGAACGUAUUCGACUUUAUGCUUUACAGAGUGCGCUCAUGAUUUACUGUAUUAUAUGCAAAUGAAGUGCGGGUGAAUGGGGAUGUUGGGGAUGUGGGGAUGUGGGGAUCUGGCCAUCUGGAGGGGGCGGCCAGUCUGGAGCGGAAUGCUGCCACAUUUGUCUGCGGAUAAGUACGGAAUUAGAUACGCUUUGCUGAAUUAGUCGGACGGGUUUUUUUUUUUGAGAUCUCGGACAAAAAGAAGUAUCAUCCAGGGGAUAGCAGGAAACUUCGACUCGUCUGCGUUGCUGCCAAGUGAUUGAAUUAUAUGCUUGAUGAUAAAAAUCCAAAGAUCAUUUAUCAGACUACCUAUGCUUAUGCAAUUUCCAAGAAUAACCAUGCAAAUAAAGUGAGCAAAAAGUUGAAGAAGUAAUUAAGCUUCAUUAGACCAAGCCACUAAUCCAAAAUUGGCAUUUAGGCUGUAAAGCAUUACUUAACUGGAAAGUCAUUUCCUUUGAAACAAAACUAAUUUACUAAUUACAAACAGUCUAUCAGUAGUAUAUGGAAAUUCCAGACAUAAAUUUCAGCUUAAAUGACUGUUAUUAAAUUAAUUUUGUUAAUUUGCAGUGCAUACUAUCAAUCAUUGAAAAAAACAAAGUUACAUUGACACAUCUUUACCACAGCUACAUACAAUAUGGUUUUUACAACAGUGCAGUUCAACGAUCGUUAUGGUAUUUAGAGCUCCUUGAGAUGGUAAGUCGAGCCGGGCAAUAUGGGAUUUUCAAGAUCAGCCACAAUACAUAUCAAAUUGUUUCACUCGGCUUUCCGUUUCGCCGGACUUCAGCAACCCACACUUUGGGAAUUGCAGCGGCGACAACGACAAAUAACGCCGUUGAUACCUAUAUAAAAUAUAAUUCCUAUAAGAAAUAAAAUCAUUUUAUUUAUGACUGACUAAGGCGACCAGCGGCGAUGAGAUGAUGUAGAUGGAGACGAUCAUGACGAUGGCGAUGGCGCUGACGAUGACGAUGACGAGCGGAGAUGGAGAUGGAGACGGCGACGGCAACUCGGAACUGGGUUUCCGAGGCGAAGUAUUGCCAAAAAUCCGCUGGUGAGCGGUUGGAUAUAAAAACGAAAGCGUCCGAGAAGCAGGCAAGCAGUUUAGAACCAAACUCGAACGCGACACCAUGUAUUUGCUUGUAAGCCUCCAGCUGACAAAAACGGAUUCCCCAAAAUGGAUUACUAUAAUCGCCUAUCACUCCCAUCUCAUCCACAGGUGAACUUCAUCUUCUUGGCGCUAGCCGUGCUGCAGGUGCAGGCUGGCUCCUCCUACAUACCGGACUCGGAUCGCAACACCCGCACCCUGCAGAACGAUCUGCAGGUGGAGCGGGAUGGCCAGUACCGGUACGCCUACGAGACCUCCAAUGGCAUCUCCGCCUCGCAGCAGGGAUUGGGCGGUGUGUCCGUGCAGGGCGGCAGCAGUUACACCUCACCCGAGGGCGAGGUCAUCAGUGUAAACUAUGUGGCCGAUGAGUUUGGCUACCAUCCCGUGGGCGCACACAUACCCCAGGUGCCGGACUACAUACUGCGCGCCCUGGAAUACAUUAGGACGCAUCCGUACCAGAUCAAGGAUUACUACACCGGCGAGCUGAAGACCGUGGAACACGAUGCCGCCGCCUUCAAUGUGUACACCCGCAACAUCCAGGAUCCCACCACCCCGAGAACCCGACCGAGCACCACACCCAAGACCAUAUACCUCACCCAUCCGCCCACGACCACGGUGCGACCACUGCGCCAAAGACGAGGUGCUUCGACCCACUGAUGAGCGAUGGUCGAUGGUCGGGCAUCAUUGGCUGGAGGGGAAGGGGCUGGUCUCUUGGGAGUCCAGCGGGCGAAUCUGUGAAUUUUGAUCUAAACAAUUAAUUAAGCCACGAACAAUAAAUAGAAGUGCUAAGCAAACGUAAGCUAAA